AUUUGACAAAAUGAAGAAUAAUCUCAUCCUUGUAUUCAUUUUACAAUAUAUGAAGGAAAUUGGAUGCUGCAAUAACUUAUGUGAAUGGAGUUCUUGGACUCAGCAAGGGGCUUGUGAAAACAAGAGAAUGUUACAGGAGAGGACUUUAUGUUGCCCAUCGAAAGAACAGAAAAACUGCCUUGAAGUUUGUAGGAGGGAUGUGAAGGAUUCUUUUCGAUAUGUCCAAUGUGACUUAAAAACACCUGUGUUUGAAAAAUAUGAACUGGAAUCGUCCUCGGCAAUGGCAUUCUUCAAUUCUCUUUCUCAUCGACGACAAAAGAGAGGCGUGUCCGAGGAGUGUCGAGAGGGGUGUAGCUAUGAGGAGGUCGACGAAGUGUAUCAUUGGUCAUACGUGUGUACAUACAUGGAGAAUUACAAGUGUGCCAGAACGUAUUGUCCUGCUGGAACCAUAUGUACGCCUACCAAUUAUGGACAUUGUGGACAUCUCAACAAUGUUGUUGUGGAAUGCAAAG